UCACAUGAAUGUGUCAUCCUAUUAAAUCACUAAGUUCUGUCUUUUACGUCAUUCACAAAGUAUUGGAAUCUCAAGCAUGUAAUUCUUGUAAUUAUAACAUACAAUUUAUGAAUAAACAUUCCUUUUUGAAAUGAAAUGGAGAGGCCAAAUGUUAAAGAGUCCCCCGGAUGUGCAGGCUGCUUGAAUGAUAUCGGUGACGAUGACUACGUGUCCGCACUCAACCAAGACUGGCAUAAAGACUGUUUUCGGUGUUCAGUUUGCGAUGCCCUGCUAUCAACGUGGUACUUCGAGAAGGCGGGCCUGCUGUUUUGUCAGACUGACUACUGGGCGCGGUAUGGAGAGAGCUGCCAACAAUGUGCACAGGUGAUAACGGGUCCGGUGAUGGCGGCGGGCGAGCACCGCUUCCACCCGGAGUGCUUCGCGUGCGUGGCGUGCGGCGCGCACAUCGAGGACGGGGAGCCCUACGCGCUGCUCGAGCGCUCCAACUUGUACUGUGGCGCUUGCUACGGUAGUACGGUGCGGUCAGUGUCCCACUCUAUUCGUGUAGUGGAAGUACCUCCCUCUUCCGUCCGGGUCGCACACACCCCGCCCGCCACCAUCACUGUCAAAGACGGUCGCUGCGGCGGCAAGCUGUCGGCGGCCGCGCGAGCCAUACUGCGCGCCGUACUCUCCGUCUGCAUACAACUCACAUGCCAUAGAAUCGACUCGUCAUGUGGUGUGUUGACGCUACACAUAGGAGACCGGAUCCUCGAGAUUAACGGCACUCCCGUGAGGAACCGACCUCUGGAUGAGAUCGAGAGGGCGCUGGGACGACCUGACACUGUUAUACAGCUAACAAUAGAACACACAGCAGACACGAAACGCACACAGACAAACACACAAACACAGACACACACACACUCACACAUCGUUGAGAAAAGGACACAAGACAGACAAACCGACAAACAAACAAACGCCAAAGAAGACUGCAAGCAAAGACAAUCCAUAGAGGUAGAGAAGAAGGAAGAGGGAAAGAAAGAGAGGUUGUUUAAGAGGAAGGGGGGAGAGGAUGCGGGGAGAUGGAUACACAAGAGGAGACAGACUCCGUCCUCUCCACUGCUGGGAGACAAGGAGAAGAGUAGCAGCAUGUCCAAGCUGUUGGAUGCUGUGGACGGCGACGAGCCGAGUGGAGUACUGAACGACCUGGCGCGGGCGCGCUCGUUCCGCGCCGAGCCCGAGCCCGGGCAGAAAGUGUUCCGGGCCAGCGACCUAUUGCAGGGCGAGCUCCUGGGCUCCGGUUUCUUCGGCGAGGUGUACAAGGUGACCCACCGCGACACCAACGAGGUCAUGGUCCUCAAACAGCUCUACCGGGUCGACGAGGACGCGCAGAGGAACUUCCUCAAGGAGGUGGCAGUGCUCCGUUCCCUGAAGCACCGCAACGUGCUGCGGUUCGUGGGCGUCCUGUACAAGGACAAGCGUCUGCAUCUCGUCACCGAGUACGUGCCCGGCGGGACGCUCUACCAACUGCUGCAGGACAGUACAGUCCCUUUGAGCUGGGAGCUGCGCGGGCGCCUGGCGCGGGACGUGGCGGCCGGGCUCGGGUACCUACAUCGCAGGAACGUCAUACACAGGGACCUCAACUCGCACAACUGUCUCGUCCGGGAGGACAAGACGGUGAUAGUGGCGGACUUCGGUCUGGCCCGCAUCGUGCAGCGCACGGCCAACACGGGCAGCCCGGGGGCGCCGCCCCGCACCGGGACGCUAAGGCGGAAGCGGUACACGGUGGUGGGCAACCCGUACUGGAUGGCGCCGGAGAUGAUGAACGGCAACGUGUAUGAUGAGAAGGUGGACGUGUUCUCCUUCGGGAUCAUACUCUGUGAGAUAAUAGGCCGUGUAUCGGCGGACCCGGACUUCCUGCCGCGCCGCUCGGACUUCGGCCUGAACGAGCCGCUGUUCAUCGACAAGUUCUGCCGCGGCGCGCACUGCCCCGAGCCCUUCUACCGGAUCGCCUUCCUGGCCUGCCAUCUAGAUCCGGAUAUCAGGCCACCAUUCGACAUACUAGAGGAGUGGCUGGAGACACUGGUCUCUGAGCUGGCCACUGAACGGCCUGAACCGUCGGAACUAUUGCAGCGGGUGGUACAGUACGCCAGCAGUACUGCCGCACUCGCCGCCACCGAUACCACUCUACUCAGUAAGGACAGCUGUAAGACGCUCAGUAAAGCAGACAGCGGAGACCACAACGUACCUGAUGUAGGAGUCUUAAAGUCGACGUCGACGGCAGCCCUGGUGGUCCCGGAGCGCGGGUGGCGGCUGGGCAAGUGUGUGUCGGCGUCGCACAUCGCGGGCGCUGCGGGCGCUGCGCCCCCCGCGGGCCGGGCCACUGGAGCCCCGCUGUGUCGCAGCCACUGCUCGCUGCACACCGCCGGGUACAUCCUGCACGCCACCGGGAACACCAUCAACAUCACCAAGGUGGACGACAUCACCAAGUGGUUGGACCCGCCACCCCUGAAGCGAACCUCCCCCGACGCCCACCUGAACAGGCUGCAGGAACACAAGGCGCGGAAGGUGGAGCCACCAGACCACUACCACGAACACCUGCCCGCCUUCCUCCGCAACCAGUCCGUCGAGGAACUCGAGUCCCACUACAAACUCGAGGUAAACCCACCACUACCAUUCUGCAGGCACAUCAGUAUCCCCAACAGCACCACUGUCCCCAACACCGAGGACUCCGACUCCUCAGACGAUGAUGACCAGAUCAGCACCUGGGAACGUAACGUCAAGAUCUUCGACCAAAUGGAGGUGGACCCCAAGAACGUCAUCGCCAACCUCGUGAAGAAAGGGGAGAACUUACUGUCUAAGAAGGCGAGCUAUGACGUCACUGAUGUCGUACUCCGGAACCCUGAGCUCAUGACUCAUGAACGGAAGAUACCUGAAGUAGACUGCAGAAGGUACAAUAUUGACUACCUGACCAAAAACCCAAUCAUGGCGCAGGGAGUCAAGAACAUAUCUAAGGCGGUAGAGAAAGACAAGCCUCAAGAGAAGUCAGGGUUCUUCCCUAAGAAGCUGCUGUCACCGAAGUUCAGCAGACUGUUCAAACCGAACACCACCGAGGUGGUGCGGACCAAGGACACGGAGGACAAGGACAAGUCCAGGAGCAAGUUCUUCGUGCAGAGACCUGCGUCUCCCAGCAACAUUGGCAGGUCGCAUAGGAUCAGACCGUCAGACUCGGACAAACCGAUGCUGAACAAAGACGUGCUAAAGUCCGACAUCAAACUAGCCAGCAUGGGCAAGCCAAUGACCCCGAUAUUCCGACGACAUUUGGGAGAAAAACCAGACUUCGCGGACGGCAGGUUCAGUUACAGAGACAGGAGAUCGAAGCCGAGCGAAGACUCCAAGUUCAUAGAGCUAGGACGCAAUAGGAUUAAGGCCCCACUUAGUACGCUAGAAGGCACGAAACUGACGCCAUUGAUACGUAGUUCCCAUAUCAAUAACAUUGCGGCGUUGACAACGGUGCCCGAGAAGAAAGUUGUGGACAAAAAGAAAUGUGAUGACUUGCCCAAGCGCAGGGAGCCUGGGAUUUCGCGCAGUAACUACGUCAGUCUUGCCAACCUCAAGAUCAAUGGGAAGGGCAAGGAUGUGGACGACAAGUGUAGACAGAGAGACAAUGAGGACUCCCCCGUGGAGCGAGUUAUGUAGUUGUGUCGACCGAUUGUGACGGCGUGAUUGAUAGUUACUUGUGAUGCGGGCUUCGAGCUGGCGAUGGUAAUGACUUUUAUUUAAGGGUUCUUUAAAAACUAUAAUUUCUUGCGAGUGCGUUGCUGAUUAUGUACGUUGGCAACACUCUCGAAAUACCUCUAGUGUUGCAAGUGUACUAAAGCUACAGUACCCGCCUUGUCUUCAGCCCAAACACUACCUUCGUUUCUUAUGACAGUAGGCAACAAAAUGGCCUUCUUUCAUAGAAUAUUUUCACAAAAACUUAAAGUUUAUUAUAAAAGUCAUUACCACAAGUACGGCUCGAAGUCCAGCAUCGAAUACUUGACAAAUCUUGCCCCAGUUACUAGUUAUACAGUUGUUAUAAUUGUUGAAUCGUUGUACUUACGGACGCUGUUCUAUACGACUUUUGUGAUCGCUUCAGUGCCGUGUUUUGUCGGUACGCAUCGCUUCUUUCCACUUUGUUGUACUUGGACGAUUCGUGUAAAGCUUGUAUUUAGAAUAGGGAUGAUGUCUUAGUCAAAUUCAAGUCGUUUUUUUAUUGUUAAACAUUUGCAAAACUGGCUGAGCAACUGGUUACCGUGAAUGAUUCCUGCAUGGACCACUCGUUGUGUGAUCAACAAAUUGUUGUUACGGGUAUGAGUGUGAUGUGUAUUCGAACGAAUUAAACGCACCCAUGACGAAUCAAAAAACCCUAGUAUGGGGCAACUUUUAUAAAAAAGAAAAUAAUUUCUGGAUACAACGUCAUUUAAUAUACAUAUUUCUUUAAAAUUUGAUAUAAACUAAGCUUAAAAUUAAAUAAAUGACAGUAUCAUAAUAUUGUUGGCUAAGUCGUCAUCUCUAUUUAUAAAAUGGUUGGAAACUGCCCAUUCGUGGCAGUGCCUUCUAAUAAGACUGUCUUAUAGGAGCUAUAUUUUGGUAAUGUAAGCAAAGUAUACGUAAAGGGUCCUCUUCAAAUUAUCAAGAUGUCAGCUUGUAAAAAACAAAAUGAAUAGUUAGAAACAUUUUUAACUAAUAUUGUCGAAAAUUAUAACAUGACAUACUAAACAAUUUUUUUUUAUUCUACUAAAUUAUAAAGAUUUUGCUUACAUUAUCAAAAAAUGAAAUAAAAAUACAUACAAUUUUGUAUUACAAUAUUGAACGCCCAUUCCAUUUGAUAUUCAGAAUAUUUGUGUACUCACGCUUUUAUAUUCCAUGACCAUUUUAUAUAAGGAAAGUUAUAUACGUAAUUAUAAUGUUUAUGUUUCUUAAAGUUCUUUUUUAAAUCAGCUUUUGAUACAGUUUCUCAAGAUUUAUGAUGUUCUCCAACCAAAUGUAAAGAGAUUUUGGUAAUUACUGAUAUUGUACGUCAAUUAGUGGAAAUUAUUGAAUUUUCCUAAUAUAUGACUAUGUAUAUAGUAUGUUAUACUACUAUUAUGAUAUUAUUUUGCGAAGAGUUAUCCAUAAAUUACAUCACGACAAAGUUAAAGUAAGAGAAUGAGUGAUAUAUGAAACUAUGGUAUGUUAUGUUACUUUUAUAAACCGUGGGUAUUUAAUAUACAUCUAUAAGUGAUAGGGUUGACAUUAAGAUUAUAAACAGCGCGAAAGAAUAACAAAAUAUUAAGUAAUGUAUGGUGAAGACCGGUCGCAAUUGAGGACUUCUAUGGACGUCUUCUGCCCUCAAUAAGGGAAAUAGGACAUUAAUGGUCAAAUACUCAAACGUCACUCAAUUUGAAGAAGCUCUCAACUGUAGUUCUGUCACUACAAAUUCUUUGUAAAUGACAGAGAUAGCACGAUAUUUCAAUACAACUUAAAUUUGAUUAGCGUUUCAGUAUUCGAGCGUAAGUCAAGUAAUUUAUGGACAACUCAAAAAUUGCUUAUACCUUCCCGAAUUUACUAUGUAUAUUGUAUAGUAUUUGCUAUAUUGAACUUUAUUCCCUAUUCUAUAAGGUGCUUUGUUUAAUGUGUUGCUUAUGAAAUCAAAGUUUUGAAAUUAAAACUUAAAUUAUUCUUAAAUUGGAUCAGUAUUCGCUUGAACGUUCAGAGUCAAAAUGGACUCUAGCUUAGAGUCUUUAAGAUUCAAAUUGCAACGCAGUUAGCUUCACGCAUUUGUUAUAGUGUUAACAGUUAUAUGGAAAUAUACACAAGUUGUUUUCUAUACAUAUACGUAUGUAGUAGUUAUAUUUGUAACGUUUUUAUAUUGUAGACAAAAUAUUACGAUUAUUUCAAAUUUAUAGGGAAUGAAUAGGUUAUGUAAAGAGUUGUUUCAAACAAAUUUUGGAAAGAUUUUAAUUUUGGGUCGAUUAGUAAAAUAUAAUUGAGUUUAAACUUACAUCUGUUAUGUUAUAGAGCUCCACAAAAUAAUAAUAUUCAGUAAAAUCUUUUUAAGAUUCAGUGCCAAUGUAAAGGAUAAAGAUUUUGAAAUUAAUAUUAAUAAUUACUCAAUAAUUUCUCCAUACAUUCUCCAUAAUUUCUCCAUACCUUUAUAAAAAAUUGAUGGCAAAAAUGUCCCAAUAAAUUCUGUCCAAUUAUAAAAGAAGUUAGUUACAUCAAAGUUUUGACAAAUAAUUAUUAUUCUUAUACUUAAACUGUGCCAUUUAUAUUUGUUAAUGGAAAUUUCAAUGUUUAUAGUCGACAAUAUAAAGGUGAUUCGUUUGUACUGUCAUAGGUACAACACUUCAUGUAAAUUAAUUAAAACACACAACUUACUCACGUAAACUAUUUGAAAAACGCUCGACUAGUUUCGAGUCAAACCGGGACCCUUAAUCAUAAGCAGCGUGCAGAAAGUUAACGUGAGUAGAAUAAGUCGUAUGUUUUAAUUCUUUUUUUUAGAAUGUCUCUUUUAACUACAUGAAAAAAAAUAAAGCCACGACAUUAGCGUUAAAUUAUUUGACAAUAUAGUAACUAUAUUAAUUUAUUAACAUUUUAGUUUUAAUACUUAUUUGUAAGCUUAAGUUUUAUUUCUUAGAUUUUGUUCGUGAAGUCUGAUUUGUAGUGACACAGGGUGCCAUUUUAUAUGUAACGCAUUGUUAAAUAAUGCUGUGAUUGGACGGGCGAGGUCUUUUAUUGUUUUAAAAGCAUAACUACACCUUUGCCUAUCCUAUUGCGGAGUGAAAGGUGUAAAGUUUAUGUUUAUGUAGGAACACAAAUGUUUGUUUUCGUCAAAAUUUGGUUUUCAUUGUAUCUACUUUGUCAACUAGUGUGUUACCAGUAUUAAAAUAUCACACACGAUUAUUUUACCCUGGCAAUACAAAUUCGCGAGUUUCAAUCACAGCAUUGUCUAUGAAUUAACUUGAAUCUGAAGUAAAAAAAGUCUCAUUUUUAUUUUUAUUUUAUGUUUAUUUACUGUGAACGUCCGAUGUUAGAUCGAGCUCAUGUUUACCUUAUCUGUGAUACAUUAUGUUUGUAAACGCCGCAAUAACAAAGUAUUAUAGGUGUCUUUAGAUUUUAUUCACAAUUUUUUUAUUCUUACUUUUAUUAUAAAAAGAAAUUGAACGCCAUACUUGCUUCUUAUUACUUUAGGAUUAUUUUAAAUAGUUUCUUGUGGUCGUGGGAAGUGAUUGGCGUUCGAUGUAUAAAGAUUAUUAUAAUAUUUUUAUUUAACACAUUAACUGACGUAACAUCGAGUAUUCCGUCUCCUGCAUUCCAUGCGGUUUUGUAAAUUUUCUUUUGUAUCUGUUUCUAAGUACAAAUGAAUAAAGGAUUAUAUUCAGA